AUGUUCACAGCUGAAAUAGAUUCUGACACAAAUAAACUACUAUGGGCCAAAUCAAUCCUAGCCAUCUCGCUUUUCAGUGAAUUUGUCAAGAUCUCCAUAUCCAACCAAAAGCUCCAGAUUUCAGGUAUAAAUCAAACCCAAAGUAAUCAUGGAGAAAUCACUUUCCAACCUUCGUUCUUCACCAAUUACUCUUGUGACAGUCCACAAACGUUAAUGAUCAAUUCCCAGCAUCUAUCUAUCAUUUUCAAAAAUUUCGAUAUCACCAGUUCCAUCAGUUUCAGCCUUCGUGACCAUCAGUACAAGUUCUUGAUCAACGUUACCAAGAAACUCAUCAUUAAGAAGUACCAGAUCAAUUUCCAACCGGUAGAGUCCGAUAUUAACUUAAUAGACAAUUAUAGUGGGAAGUUUGGUGACGAUGAUUCAAUACAUCGUCUUGUUCUUGACCAAUCGGUAGUGAAAAAUUUCAUUGAUAUGAUCCCCAGUCAAACCGAAGAGUUCAGACUUGAAAUAAAUGACGAUAAGAUCACAUUCCAAGGGUUUACCAAGCAGAUAUUGAAGGAUAACUCUUAUUUGAAGCAACCAAUGUUGUUGACCAUCUCAUUGAAUGUUGACGAUAGGCAUUUAUCAGGGGUCAGGGUAGAGUAUACGUUUAAAUUGAAGUUCUUGAGGAUAUUCAUCAACUUGAUAGCCAAGGUAGAUGUGAUGGAGUUCUACUUCAAGGAUGAAGGUGACCAUAUAAGUUUUGUACAUAGAGGAGAUGUGGAGGUCAGAUUUGAUAGUUUGGUGAAUGAAGGAAAGUUACCUGUUGAUUAUAAGGUUGUAGAGGUGACAGACAAAGAGAGAGAAGUCCUAACCAGGGAGAAUCUGAGAAGAGAGAGUGUUAGAAAGGAGAGUCUGAGAAGGGAGAAUGUGAGAAGUUAUGGACAAACACAAACCACCCAAACAUCUCUAUGGGAAACACCCCCAACUCAUCCUACCAAUCUCUUAGGAAUAGAAAUCGACCAGUUCCAAGAAGAAGAAGAAGAAUACGGACCCACACAAACCAAUCCCGUAAGAUCCAUCUUCGAUGGGCUUUAA